CGCAUCACUUGCCGAGUUCCCGGCGCCCGGGCCGCGGCGUCCGCCUGCCCUUAAAGGGCCCGCGCCCGGGAGAACUCGCCGCGCCGCAGGGCGUCGGGUCGCACCGCUCAUCACGCCCCUCAUCCUCUGACUCUCCUCCCUUCGCGGCCGCUCCCGCCGCCGGCCGGCUUCUCCUCCCUCCCCUUUCCCGGCGUCUCCGGGCUCCCGGUAACAAGCCGUCCCUCCUUCGCACUGCCCUGGCCGGGGGCUGCAGGGUCUCGGGACCGUGCUCGGUCCCUCGCGAGCUGGGGCCCCUUCCCGUAGCCCGUACCCCUUCCCUCCCCUCCCCCUCCCCGCCGCCCCCUCCCCUCCGGGGCUCCUGGGAGCGUCUUCCCAGCUCCUGGGAGGGGACGUUUCCUAAUCUCAGGCCGGGGUUAAAGUUCUGGUCCUGGUGAGAUGCUGGAAGCUGCAGCAGUAGCCGCAACCCGUCCCGGAGGUGUCCUGUCGCCUGUCGCCGCCGCCACCACCGCCACCGCUGCGACUGCCGCCCUGCCGGGGCCAUGUUCGCUCUGGGCUUGCCCUUCUGGGUGCUCUUGGUGGCCUCGGUCGAGAGCCAUCUGGGGGUUCUGGGGCCCAAGAACGUCUCGCAGAAAGACGCCGAGUUUGAGCGCACCUACGUGGAUGAGGUCAACAGCGAGCUGGUCAAUAUCUACACCUUCAACCAUACUGUGACCCGAAACCGGACGGAGGGCGUGCGUGUGUCCGUGAACGUCCUGAACAAGCAGAAGGGGGCGCCUUUGCUGUUUGUGGUCCGCCAGAAGGAGGCUGUGGUGUCCUUCCAGGUGCCCCUAAUCCUGCGAGGGCUGUUUCAGCGCAAGUACCUCUACCAAAAGGUGGAACGCACGCUGUGUCAGCCCCCCACCAAGAAUGAGUCUGAGGUCCAGUUCUUCUACGUGGAUGUGUCCACCCUGUCACCAGUCAACACCACGUACCAGCUCCGAGUCAGCCGCAUGGAUGACUUUGUGCUCAGGACCGGGGAGCAGUUUAGCUUCAACACCACAGCGGCCCAGCCCCAGUACUUCAAGUAUGAGUUCCCUGAGGGAGUGGACUCGGUGAUUGUCAAGGUGACCUCCAAAAAGGCCUUCCCCUGCUCAGUUAUCUCCAUCCAGGACGUCCUGUGCCCUGUCUAUGACCUGGACAACAACGUUGCCUUCAUCGGCAUGUACCAGACUAUGACCAAGAAGGCAGCCAUCACUGUGCAGCGCAAAGACUUCCCCAGCAACAGCUUUUAUGUGGUGGUGGUGGUGAAGACCGAAGACCAGGCCUGCGGGGGCUCCCUGCCUUUCUACCCCUUUGUGGAAGAUGAACCAGUCGAUCAAGGGCAUCGCCAGAAAACCCUUUCGGUGCUGGUAUCUCAAGCAGUCACGUCCGAGGCCUACGUAGGUGGGAUGCUGUUCUGCCUGGGCAUAUUUCUCUCCUUUUACCUGCUGACCGUCCUCCUGGCCUGUUGGGAGAACUGGAGGCAGAAGAAGAAGACCCUGCUGGUGGCCAUAGAUCGAGCCUGCCCAGAAAGUGCUUCUCUCCUUGGUCACCCUCGAGUUCUGGCGGAUUCCUUUCCUGGCAGCUCCCCUUAUGAGGGCUACAACUAUGGCUCCUUUGAGAAUGGUUCUGGAUCCACCGAUGGUUUGGUUGACAGCGAGGGCACUGGGGACCUCUCUUAUGGUUACCAGGGGCACGACCAGUUCAAGCGGCGCCUCCCCUCUGGCCAGAUGCGGCAGCUGUGCAUUGCCAUGGGCCGCCCCUUUGACCCAGUGGGUACUCGGCCACGGCUAGACUCCAUGAGCUCAGUGGAGGAGGAUGACUAUGACACGUUGACGGACAUCGAUUCAGACAAGAAUGUUAUUCGCACCAAGCAAUACCUCUAUGUGGCCGACCUGGCACGGAAGGACAAGCGCGUGCUUCGGAAAAAGUACCAGAUCUACUUUUGGAACAUCGCAACCAUCGCCGUCUUCUACGCCCUUCCCGUGGUGCAGCUGGUGAUCACCUACCAGACGGUGGUGAAUGUCACAGGGAAUCAGGACAUCUGCUACUACAAUUUCCUCUGCGCCCACCCACUGGGCAACCUCAGCGCCUUCAACAACAUCCUCAGCAACCUGGGGUACAUCCUGCUGGGGCUGCUCUUCCUGCUCAUCAUCCUGCAGCGGGAGAUCAACCACAACCGGGCCCUGCUGCGCAAUGACCUCCACGCCCUGGAAUGUGGGAUCCCCAAGCACUUCGGUCUCUUCUACGCCAUGGGCACAGCCCUGAUGAUGGAGGGGCUGCUGAGUGCUUGCUAUCACGUGUGCCCCAACUACACCAAUUUCCAGUUUGACACAUCGUUCAUGUAUAUGAUCGCGGGACUCUGCAUGCUGAAGCUCUACCAGAAGCGGCACCCUGACAUCAACGCCAGUGCCUACAGCGCCUACGCCUGCCUGGCCAUCGUCAUCUUCUUCUCCGUGCUGGGCGUGGUCUUUGGCAAAGGGAACACGGUGUUCUGGAUCAUCUUCUCCAUCAUCCACAUCAUUGCCACCCUGCUCCUCAGCACGCAGCUCUAUUACAUGGGACGCUGGAAGCUGGACUCGGGGAUCUUCCGCCGCAUUCUGCACGUGCUCUACACCGACUGCAUCCGGCAGUGCAGCGGGCCCCUCUACGUGGACCGCAUGGUGCUGCUGGUCAUGGGCAACAUCAUCAACUGGUCGCUGGCUGCGUACGGUCUCAUCAUGCGCCCCAAUGAUUUCGCCUCCUACCUGCUGGCCAUUGGCAUCUGCAACCUGCUGCUUUACUUCGCCUUCUACAUUAUCAUGAAGCUCCGGAGUGGGGAGAGGAUCAAGCUCAUCCCCCUGCUCUGCAUCGUCUGCACCUCCGUGGUCUGGGGCUUUGCGCUCUUCUUCUUCUUCCAGGGGCUCAGCACCUGGCAGAAAACCCCCGCAGAGUCCAGGGAGCACAACCGAGACUGCAUCCUCCUCGACUUCUUUGACGACCACGACAUCUGGCACUUCCUCUCCUCCAUCGCCAUGUUUGGGUCCUUCCUGGUGUUGCUGACACUGGACGACGACCUGGAUACCGUGCAACGGGACAAGAUCUACGUCUUCUAGCAGGAGCCUGGCCCUUCACUGCACCUCAGGGGGCUCUGAGCUCCUCUGUGUCACGUGCCCGGCACCUGUGUAGCGCCGGGGGCAUGAGUCCCAGCGCUGCUGCCCAGCACUGCAUAGUGGCGGGACAGCGAGGCCUGGCCUAGGCCUGGCCUGGGACAGUCAUGGGGUGGCAUCGAGCCUUGUAGCUGCCCUCUGCCGGGGAGGAGGCCUGCUCCCCCGAGCCCCCAGACAUUGGCCAAGUUGCUGCUUUCCUCUCAGUGUUGGGGCCUUCCUCGGGCCCCGCCCGUCCUUUGGCUCUCCGUUUGUCCCUCCGUUUGUCCCUCCACGGGGGAAGGAGGGAAGGUGAUGCCCUCCCCAUCUCAUGCCUUGCAUUCCGCUCGUCCUCCUCACCACCUCCCAAGCCUGGGUCCCAAAGCCCUUUCCUCCUCCCGCGCUCCCUCUGCAGGGCCUGCUCUGGGGCCUGAGUCUCUGUCCUAUACCGGGGCCCCAGUUCUCUUUGGGGCUGCACCUGGCUGCCAUCACUGCCCACGCCGGUCAGCCAGGAUGGAGGAGAGUCUGAGACUUUGGGGACUGGCCAGCUGGUGCCAGACUUUUGGUGCUAAGGCCUGCAAGGGGCCCAGAGCAGUAUGUACCCUCGUCCCUCUGACCUAUGCUCAGGGCUGGCUCUUUAGCAAUGUGGUCAGCCCAAUGUGAGAACCACCUUCUCAUCUGCGAGGCUAAAUUCAGAGGUCACCUCCUUGUCCCAUCAGUCCCCAGACUGAUGCCAGCACCAGGACUGGAGGAGAAAGUGACUCACCCCUUCCCAUCCUUUCCAGGCCCUUAGUCCUGCCAAGCCCCAGCUGGGGGCCUUUCAGUGCCAUUGACACUGCUCAAGAAUGUCCAGGGGCAAAGGAGGAUGAUAGGGAGCCCAGCCCAUCCUGCCGUCACAGCUGCGGGAGCCCAGUGCCUACCUUAGAAAGGGGCUUAAGGAAGGGACGUGCUCUGUGCCUCUGUGUCUGCAGUCCCAGCCUCACUCUAGGACCCAGGCUGGCUUCUGAGUUUCCGUCCAGUCUUCAGCCAGGUUCUGUGUUAGUCGCACACGUCCAUACUUACGAAACCUUGGAGUUUACACUGAGUCGCCCCAGUUCGGGGCUCCCCUGGCAGCUCUGGUCCUUGGAUCCCUUCAUCCCACCCCAUCCAUUCCAGAUGCCAAGGAUGGGGGAGGUCGGGUCAAGCCUCUGCCUCGGGGAUGGGAAUGUGUUUUAUUCUCCCAACUUUGUUUUUAUAGCUCUUCUUGGGCUGGGUGGAGGAAGUGGGUCUGGAUGUUUUUUUCAGAACUCCGUUUUACGUCUGUCCGUGCUCCGGUUGCAUUUCUGUUUUCUAUGAAUGAGUUUGCAUUCAAUAAAGAAACAACCAGAAGCA